UCAAGCUCUUACUAUUUCUCUCUUAUAUAAAACCCAUAACUUCGACAGAAAAUAAGGUGCAUCUUUUGAUGAGAACGCCAAUGUUAAAAUGUGAUUUUCAUUCCUAAUCUUGACUCCAUGCAACAAGGAAGGUUCUUCGUCUCCCGGACCUGAUAUGUACAUAGACUCAGAAGAUGAUGAAUCUGAGAGUGAGGAUGAUGAUUUGUCCUAUGAUGAUUAUUAUGAUGAUGAGCAAGAUGAAUCAAUAGAGGGGUCAGAUGUAGAUGCUAGUGAUGAACUUGUUAGUGAAACCAACAGCGAGACCGGAGACUCUGCAGUCAAUGAUGAAUAUGAUAAGGACCAUAAUAUUUCAUAUUCAAGUUCAAAGUCCUCAGAGGUUUGUGACCAUCUUGAAGUCUCAUUGCCUCAGUCUGAAGAUAUCAAAAGCUGUGAAAAUUUCACAAGCCAAAAUAAGACUGCUUCUGCAAAUGACUCCACUAAGCCCACAGAUAUAAUUGAAGGCUUAUCCCCUGACCAAACUACAAUGAAUAGAUCAAAUUGUCCUAGCACUUCUUCAUGUAACGACGCCAUAUCCAAUAGAAAAAUGCAUCGACGCCGCACUGUUUUGGGGCAAAACCAUGGAAGCAAGGACCUUUCCAUGGAAUCCAUUGAUUUUCUAGACGAAAAUGAAGCUGAAGUUGAGAGGCUUGAAGCUGUUAAGACAGAAUUGCAUAGGCAAAUUGCAGAGGAGGUAAAAAUAAAUGUAAAACUGCAGUCUUAUGUGGAAACACGAAAGGAAGCAUUGUUGACUCGAUCACUUUUGUAUGCAAAAAAAAUAUUGAGGAAGAACAAGCCAGAUACUGAAGUUGCAGCCAUUUCAGAAUCUGACAGGUCAAUAAAAAAGCAGGACAGUCAUUUUGGUGGAGCAGGAAACGAGAAUGAGAGAAAACCAGAGUCAACAUCUUUACCAAAUAAACAUUCGCCUAGUUCCAAGAAAUCUGUUGCAAGAGCUGAGCAGGGAGCAAGUUUCACUACUUCUACAAUUACAAGACUAACGUCCAAACUAUACUUUUUGAAGGAUCGCCGUAGUCAGUUUUCAAAUGAAAUACGAAACAUGAAUAAAGGAAAAGCACUUGAACUUCAGCUACCACCUCCAUCUCCCAACGAACGUCAAUCGCCAAAUAAGUCUCUACUUCGAUCCCCAAAUAUGUCUCGAGAAAACGAACGUCAAUCGCCAGUUCCAUCCCCCAAUAAGUCUCGAGGGUUUGAAUUUUACAUGUCUCUUAUGUCUCCAAAAAGGACCCGAGGAUCUGAAAAUCAUUCUCCAUCAACCUCUGAGAAAGUUAGAGGCAAUGAAGAUCAUUCACCUCAAUAUUCAGAAAAACUGAGAAAAUCAGAUAGCCAGCCAUAUCACUCAGAUAGUCAGAAUGAAUCUUCACAAUUAUACUUGAAAAGAGGAAGGUCGGAAGGGAAUAUUCAUAAUGUCGACAAAAGUCAGUUACAUUAAGGCCAAAUAUUUUGUUACACGGCAAAUUCAAGAUGAUAGAAAGACACUGCAAUUAUUCAGCAAUGUUUUUGUCCAGGUGGGGCAUUGCUAUGCCUUUGGCUUAUGAAAUACAAGGCCUAUAUUCGAAGAAGUAGCAUUCUAUGUACUCUUAAAAUAUAGGAUGUAUAGGGAACAGUUCAACCAUCCCCAUGACAUAAGCCAGACUGUUUGAUUACAUAACAUGCUGAUAUUUUCUGGCUCCUUAAUGAGCAUGAUGGUUUUAUUGUUUCAUUCAACUGCAUUAAUAUGACUUGUAUUGUAUAGCCUAAGCUGGAAUUUUCCGAUAGACCUUAGUUCAAUUUCCUUUGCUCUGAAACCAUAGAGCACAAAUUUCAGAUUGCUUGAAUGGCAUGGUGUGUUCAUGUUAUCAGUUCGGGGAAUACCGUGGGAAUAUCAUUCUUUUUGACAAGUUAAUAUCUUUCUAUCAA